UUAAGUGGAAAAGAUGAGCUUCUGCCAGCAACUGACUUGAAUUUGCUUUGUGAUUGUAGCAUGAAGGAAUCAUUAAUCAGUUCUGAAUCUUUUCAAACAAUGGAGUCCAGUGCAUUUAAAAGCAUGACUUUAAUGCAGACUUUGGGCAAGGAAGACUUAGUACAAUGUAGUAAAAGAAAAAUUAGAAUUGCAAAACCUAAAGGUUUAGAAACCUCCUCUCCCAAAGUAGCUGAAAACAGGGAUAUACAGAACACUUUAGCAGAGUUCCAAGAUGGGCUGUAUAGGGAGAGUUCCAAUUAUUCUCAUAACAGCCUGUCACCUACAGUAGAGAUGGGUCCAGUGAUUAAAGGUGACAGUAAUUGCCAACCCUUUUUAAAGGAUUCUAGUGAUGAAAGAAGUCCUGCUUAUAAAAGUGGUGAGCAUGUGCAUGUAGCAGAAAUGGCCUCAAAGAUAAAGAAAGAGAAUGUGGAGAAGAGUGAUGUGAAUGGUAUCCCUCAAGUUCUGUUAAAGGAAGAAAAUGCAGGAGCAAAAAAAUCAUUGCUUGAAGGAAACAAAGAAGGAUUACACCAGAACAGAAACAAUGGUACAUUUUCUUGCUUUCAAAAUACAAAAAACAAGCACUCCAAAGAAGUUAAAAGAGGUGUUGGGAGAAAACCCAGGAAAAGGAUGAGAUUAUCUGAAAAAAUGGAUGAAACAGUUACUGAGAUAAGUUUCCCAAAUGUGGAUAACAAAUCAGAUGAGUUGUUGUUGCAAGCAAAGCAAAUGUUCACAGAAAACAAAGAUACUUUAGAUUUUAAAACAAAUUCAGUUGUUUUAAGAAAGGGUUCCUCUAUAAUGGAUAAUUCUCUUAGUUCUCAGGAAAUCACUGAAGAGAAGAAUUACAAGAAAAUGAGCAUAAGACACCAUGCAAAUGAUACAUUUGAGAAAACAUUUGAACCCUGUGGUAGAAAAGAAAGAACUAAGACUGUUCCAGAGCCCUAUGACCAUAAAAGCACAAAGUCAGAUGAACACCUUAAGUUAGUGAAAAACCCCAUAGUGAAACUGUCUCGAGAUAUAUUUGACAUUUCUGAUUAUCAUUGUGUUGAAAAGAAAGCUUCAGAAGACUUAAAAAAUGAAACUGAAGAAUUAAAACUAAGCUGUAGAAGAGCAAUUCCAAUGACUGGUAAAAGAAUUUGGCCUUAUUAUUCAUGUGCUAGGACAUCUGUUUGGUGUCAUAAAAAGGGUAUCUUAAUUGAAUCGAAUGCCUUUCCUUCUGCACCUCAAGAAAGUCUAUGUGAAGAUAAUUCUGAUAGGCUGCUUCUAAGUAAUGAACUCUUAGUUGAUAAUGCCCAAUUAAUGUUACAGAGUUUUGUUACAGAAGCAAAGAGAACACCUUCAAGUAAAGAAAAAGGGGACGUAAAAGGUUUUUUGUCUUCUGUUACUGCGCUAACAUCUCCUUUAAUGGAUAUAGAGGAGCAUGUAAACAGCAAUAACAAAAAAGGGAAGUCAGAAGAGCUGAGUAGAAUCGAAUCGGAGGUGAUUUCUAAUGGCAGUGAAAAUACUCACUCAACUAAUGUGACCCUACAUUUGGCGGUGAAUUCAAGAAAAGAUAAAGGAAUUUCAGCAAAAUUUAAUCUGUCCUCUUCUCAAGAUAAUCAGGAUGUAAACAAUGUUGCUGGCAAAAUUAUGAGUCGGAAAGCAGCUCUUGCCCAACAGACACUUGCAGUGCCAAAUUUAGUGAAAAUGCUAAAUACUGGGCGGCUGACAAACUUUAAAAUCCCUUUACUCAAGAAUAAAACAGAACCCAAAAAGGAGGCAAAUGUUAAGACAGAGAAGGAAGCCUAUAGUCCCCUGGAGCUCCUUGACAAUUUCUCUACAACAGAAAUUAGACAGAAUAGGAUGAAAGAAAUUGGCAGUACAGCAAAUUCAAACCAGCAGUCUCUGUGCAUCCCAGCUGGUGUCCCACUAAUGCAAGCAAAUACUGAUGAGAUCUGCAGUAAAAACUCUAGUACUUUUUCUCACAGCUUUGUGAAACAAGCUAAAACCAAUUCACCUGACUUGCUUUCUGAGGCUGUACUAGAAACUAUAGCUCCUACCUAUGAGAAGAGUGAUUUUUCUUCUGAUUCUGGUUAUAUAAAGAAAAGCCCUUUAUGCUCGCCUUGCAGGGAACCUCACUUGUUUGAUUCUUUUAUUUCAUCUGGAGAAGUUGGUGAGGAAGCAUCCAGAAAAAGCUUUGCAGAAAUUAAAGUUGCAUUUCCAGAUAUACUUCAAGCUUAUGAAGAUGAUGUCCUUGUAAUUGAUGUAAUUCAAGAUGAUCCAGAUCUCUUUGGGAUUGAAGGGGAACCUUUAUUUACUUCAGAUGAUGCUUUUAAAAACCAAGAACCUAAUAGUGCUGAAGACUUCCAAGAAAUUGAUUCGAAGCCUAUGAAACUGCAAGAGAAAAGAGACCCAAGCAAUGACUCUGGAGAAUUUCCUGCACAGGACCAUGGAUCGUUGACAUCAGAAAUCUGUUCCAGCACUUCAUUAAUAACUGUAAAUGAGAGCAAGCAUGAUUCUCCAAUUCUGAAUAAUUCUUUGGGAAGGAUCACUAAUGAGGAGGAAAAUCCAGAAGAGUUAAAUGAACAUAAAAUGGGGCUGGACAUGGAGGAAAAGUGUAAAUUUUCAGGUAACGUGACAAUAAAAGAAGAAAAAGAAAACAUUUUUGAACUUGAAAAAAGCAAAGAUUCUAAAUAUGCGGAAAUUCUUGUGGGUGAGCGUCAGUUAACAUCCCUGUGUCCAACAACCCCAUGUCUGCCAAUACCUUCUUUGAAUCUCAAAGCUCAUCAGGAUGGCACGAUCCUGAAACCCUGGAUGAAUGAUUUCAGAUUUUCAGGAAAAUAUCCUCUCCUUAUGUUACAGAAUCCUGAAAAUUGUGAGAUAUUUAAAAGGGAAAAAAAUGCAGGGAUGUUCCAGAAGCCCUUGGGGUUGAUGAUGUUACCCCAUGGAUACUGCAAAUUUCAUUUUAAUACAUUACGUGGCUGUGAGCGAUCACUGUGUAAAUUUACUCACGUUCCUGAACAAGCAGAUGAAAAGGUUUGCAUGGAAAUACUUAAGAAAUACAUAAAUAUUGGUGAGGUGUGUCUGCUUCAACGUGCAGUAAACCUGUUUAUGGAGUACUACAGAAAGUUUCCUCCUGGGGUACAUUUUGAAUCACAAGUGCUAAAUGACCUUCUGAUUUCUUUACUCAAACAUUGUUUAUUGAAAGAAGUGUUUCAGGUAGUGAACAUCAGCAUAAUGGUCAAAAUGCUGCCUGCUCUAAAAGUAUUAAUAAAAGUAUUUGAGCAUGUGGCAUCUAUGAACUUAAGGAAUGCUGUACCAACUCUAAUUGAUAUCUUUUGCAAGCUUGUAGAAGCUGGGAUGAUUCUUGAUUCUGAACAUUUUAACUAUCUUAUUAAGCUCUUAUACCAAGUACAGGCUUCCAAACAAGAAAUAAAUGCUGUUUUAGAAAUGAAAUCCAGGUUACGGGUGAGACAGUUUAAAAAGAAUUGGCUCUCUGACUUAAAUUCAGCAAUAACUGAAAUAGAGCAUUGUAAAGAAAAAGGUGACUGGACCAGUUUGGGAAAUUUGUACAUUAAUGUAAAAAUAGGCUGUGAAAAAUUUGCAGAUCUUCAGAGAUUUUCAGCUUUCAUUGCUGAAGCAUUAACCAAAGAUUACAAAGAAGAAAGACAAGGAAUUCCUUUUUGUGAAUUUGCUGAUGCAGUCUGCAAAGAUCCCCAAAACAGUGAAAUUGAUAAAACUUUAUUGGGAAGAAUCGGGAUCAGUGCAAUCUACUUUUAUCACAAACUUCUACAGUGGUCAAAGGGAAGGAAGGUACUUGACAAACUGCAUGAACUGCAAAUCCAUUUCACAAAUUUAAAAGGACUUACUGGCCCUGAGAAGUUAGCAUCACGGUGCCAGAUUGUUAAUGUGGCAGCAGAAAUUUUUCUUAAAAGUGGGAGUAUGGAUGGUGCCAUUUGGGUAUUGAGGGAGUCAGAAUGGAUAAUAAAUACACCACUAUGGCCCUGUGAUAGGAUGGAUGUCCUCAACAGACAUAACUUGCUCUGUACAAUUGCACAUGAGAUCUUGGCCAAGAGCCUUUACCGACAAACAUUUGAAGUUCUCCAGAAUUUACCCGGUUUCCAAAAUUCUCAAGAAACUGUGGAGGUCUCGCAGUAUAGCCUUCUUUUUAACAAGCUUCUAGAUGCUUGCAUAGAGAGCAAUAGUCUGGGUGUGUCAUCUUCCGUUGCAGAAUUCAUGUUUUCAAAGAACAUCCCUAUUGAUUUUUCUUUUCUCAGAAGGUUAAUUACUGCUUUAGGGAGAAGUUGUUUAUGGCCAAAAGCCAGAGCUCAUUACAAAAGUGCUCUGUCACUGGGCUGUUAUCCACCAUUGGAAGGAAAUUUGUACCGAAAACUUCUGCUAAUUCCUUCCUACCUGUCUGAGAUUGAAAUGCUUUUAGCUAUUGAAAUUUUUCUAGUAUCUAAUGCUAGUAGUAUUCAGAGUCCUGGUGCUUCUUCACAGACACUACAAAUAGUACUGAAAAGGUGUGAAGAAGACAAAGGCCGGAGUAAAGAUGACUAUCGAACAGCAGUGGAAAGAUUGAUCAUGGCUGCUCGGAUAUCGGAUCCAAAGCUUUUCAUUAAGCACAUGACAGUAAAUAUUACUAUGGAGCAAGUUUAUAGUUUGGAACAUUGUUCUGCCCUGAAAUGGUUGAAAGAGAAUAUGAAAUGGGCUGGGAAAGUUUGGCUUUUUCAGUAAGUAUUAGGUUAUAAAGACUUUUUUUUUUCAAGUUCCAGCAAUCAUUGUUGAAAAUGAAUGGUAAUAAAGGCAGUUCUCACUGUG